AUGCGUAUCCACACGUGCUACUUCUGCUCAAGCCCUGUUUAUCCCGGCCACGGCAUUACGUUCGUGCGCAAUGACAGCAAGAUUUUCCGCUUCUGUCGCUCCAAGUGCCACAAGAACUUUAACCGCAAGCGCAACCCGCGAAAGGUGAAAUGGACCAAGUCCUUCCGUAAGGCAGCGGGCAAGGAAAUGGCGCUGGACACGACCUUUGACUUCGACAAGCAGCGCCACCGCGCCGUCAAGUAUGACCGUGAGCUCAUGGGUGCUACCAUCCACGCCAUUGAGCGCGUGACACAGAUCAAGGAGAAGCGCGAGGCCGUUUUCUACAAGAAUCGCAUGAAGGAUAGCAAGGCCAAGGCCAAAGCGCGUGACUUGCGCGAGCUGGAGCAGAACAUUUCGCUCAUUGAGCCAGCAGCAGCAGCGCUCAAGGAUCAGGCACAGCUCAAUGUGUCGGCUUCGAAGCAAAAGGAUGCAGCGGCCACCGAGGCACCGUCUGCUAUGGUCUUAGAUCAGUAA